GAGAAGAAAGUUUAAUUAAUAACAACUUAAUUUAAAUUUAGGAAAUUAUUUUUUAUUUAAAUUUAAGAAUUAUAUUUUAAUUAUGAAGGACCCCAUUUCAGAAACAUUUGAAUAACAAAGGUCACGAAAUUAUUUCUUCCGCCCCUGUUUAUAGGAAGGAUGCUUUAUGGCCGAAAAACUUUAAUUUUGUUUUUGGUCUAUCCACUUAUUUUCAACAUCGACAAGGUAAAGUUGAUUUGCCUUUGGCUUUUGUUACCUUGUUCUUGUUCUAUUGCACUUGUUAGAAAUGAUAUUUUUCAUCAUCUGAUUUUAUUAUGAUUUAUAGAAAAAUACUAGUCUAAAUUUUGCUUUAUCAUACAUUUAUAAAACAAUACUUAUCAAAGUAAAAGUUAGGGUCAUUAAUAAGGACAAGAUGAAAGUUCAAACUCCUUUAAAUCAGGAGAGGACUAGAACUCACAGAAGAUAAUAUAAAGUUAAAGUUUUUAUCAUUAUAAGCCGAUAAACAAAAGAAAAUAAAAAUAGUCGAUCCAUCAACAAUACAGAAGGCUUCCAAACUUUUGUAGAGGAUGCACCCAGACAGUAGUCCCAAUGUGGUGAGAUAAGACGGUCAGUCUCGACGUGGUGAGAUAAGGCGGUCAGGUCGGUGUAUCUCGCGUCUAGGAACCUGUCGAACCUCCUCUAGUCCAUAUGUAGAUCUUCUUUCUUACCAAAACCCCAAUACAAAGCCAAAACAAUGAGCCAUUUGAGCUAAUAAGACAACUGAAACCCCAUUCCAUUUCCACCCAUUUCCUCCUUUCAUGUCUCCCCCCACCCAUAAGCGCCCAUCUUCCGCUUCCACCGCCAGUAACGUCAGUAUCACCCAUAACGCCGCCGGUACUUCAUUUUCUCCGGCGAUGAAGAAGCCUAAAUCUCAGUCUCUAGACUCCAAAAAUGGGAUUCAUUCUGAUGAUUCUGCUUCCAUGAUUGUCGAUGAAGAUCUUAAACAAUCUCAUGAUGUUGUUGUUUCCCCUUCUUCUAAUUCUCGUGCUGCUAAUCUAUCUCGUAAAAAGGCUACCCCACCUAAUCCUUCUACCAAGAAGCUUGUUAUUAAACUCGUUAAAGCUAAGCCCACACUACCUCCUAAUUUUGAGGAAGAUACUUGGGCUACUUUGAAGUCAGCCAUUAAUGCUAUUUUCUUGAAGCAGCCUGAUUCAUGUGACCUGGAGAAACUUUAUCAGGCUGUUAAUGACCUUUGCCUGCACAAAAUGGGAGGAAGCCUCUAUCAACGAAUUGAGAAGGAAUGUGAAGCACAUGUUUCUGCUGUAUUGCAUUCAUUGGUUGGCCAAAGUCCAGAUUUGGUGGUCUUUCUGUCACUUGUUGAGAAAUGCUGGCAGGAUCUUUGUGACCAAUUGCUGAUGAUUCGUGGCAUAGCUUUGUAUCUUGAUAGGACAUACGUAAAACAGACCCCAAAUGUUAAAUCAUUGUGGGACAUGGGAUUACAGCUUUUCCAUAAACAUCUUUCUUUGUGUCCUGAAGUUGAGCACAAAAUUGUUACUGGCCUUUUGAGAAUGAUUGAGAAGGAAAGAUUAGGUGAAGCUGUUGAUAGGACUCUUCUCCAUCAUCUCUUAAAAAUGUUUACUGCUCUUGGAAUUUACCAAGGAAGCUUUGAAAAACCAUUCCUUGCUUGCACAGAGGAAUUUUAUGCUGCUGAAGGUGCAAAGUAUAUGCAGCAGUCGGAUGUUCCAGAUUACUUGAAGCAUGUUGAAAUAAGAUUGCAUGAAGAACAUGAACGAUGUCUUCUUUACUUAGAUGCAAGUACUAGAAAACCUCUUAUCUCAACGGCUGAAAAGCAGCUCCUUGAACAUCAUAUUUCUGGAAUACUUGAUAAGGGCUUCAUGAUGUUGAUGGAUGGAAGUCGUAUUGAUGACCUACAGAGGAUUUACAAUUUGUUUUCUAGGGUCAAUGCCCUUGAGUCACUUAGGCAGGCUAUUAGUUCUUACAUUCGGAAAACUGGUCAGGCUAUCGUUAUCGAUGAAGAGAAAGAUAAGGAUAUGGUGUCUUGCCUCUUGGAGUUCAAGGCAGCAGUUGAUAAAAUAUGGGAAGAGAGUUUUUCAAAGAAUGAAUCAUUUGGCAAUACUAUGAAAGAUUCAUUUGAAUAUCUCAUUAAUCUGCGUCAGAACCGUUCGGCGGAGCUGAUUGCGAAGUUUCUUGAUGAAAAGCUCCGUGCUGGAAAUAAGGGAACAUCUGAAGAAGAAUUGGAGGGCACUCUGGAUAAAGUCUUAGUCUUAUUUCGAUUUAUACAGGGCAAGGAUGUAUUUGAAGCAUUUUACAAGAAGGAUCUUGCAAAGAGGCUUUUGUUGGGAAAGAGUGCUUCAAUUGAUGCUGAGAAGUCAAUGAUAUCAAAGCUCAAAACUGAGUGUGGUAGUCAAUUUACAAACAAACUUGAAGGAAUGUUCAAGGAUAUUGAAUUAUCGAAAGAAAUAAAUGAAUCUUUCAAGCAAUCAUCUCAAGCUCGGACAAAACUUCCGUCAGGAAUCGAGAUGAGUGUCCAUGUCUUAACCACAGGAUACUGGCCAACAUACCCCCCAAUGGAUGUUCGACUCCCACAUGAGUUGAAUGUAUACCAGGACAUAUUUAAAGAGUUUUACCUUAGCAAAUACAGUGGUAGACGGUUAAUGUGGCAAAAUUCACUGGGUCACUGUGUUCUGAAAGCAGACUUCCCGAAGGGUAAAAAGGAGCUUGCAGUUUCCCUCUUUCAGGCUGUAGUUUUGAUGCUAUUUAAUGAUGCUGAGAAGCUGAGCUUCCAAGAUAUUAAGGAUGCCACUGGGAUUGAGGAUAAAGAACUGCGAAGAACUCUCCAAUCUCUUGCUUGUGGUAAAGUUCGUGUCCUUCAGAAGGUUCCUAAAGGCAGAGAUGUGGAGGAUGAUGACUCGUUUGAGUUCAAUGAGACAUUUACUGCUCCGCUUUAUCGUAUAAAGGUUAAUGCAAUCCAGAUGAAGGAAACAGUGGAGGAAAACACGAGCACCACUGAGAGAGUAUUUCAAGAUCGUCAAUAUCAGGUUGAUGCUGCUAUAGUUCGUAUUAUGAAGACGCGAAAAGUGCUUAGUCAUACUCUUCUAAUAACCGAACUCUUCCAACAGCUCAAGUUUCCCAUAAAACCAGCUGAUCUCAAAAAGAGGAUCGAGAGCCUUAUAGACAGAGAGUAUUUGGAGAGAGACAAGAAUAAUCCUCAAAUAUACAACUACUUGGCGUAAUGGCAUUUACAGUUUAGCCUACGGUAUUAUCGAUUGAAGGCUGCUUAUCUGAUAUUGUACAGUAACUUACUUCGGUCUACCAUAUUUUUCCAUUUUCAAUAUGUAGAUGUAAUCUUUUUCUUUUUUUGCAUAAUUGAUAUUAUCCUUUUGCAAUUUUUAGAAAAUUGUCCCGGCCAAGAGCAAUAUAUUGUAAAAUAUCAGCGAAGUGGUAAUGUAACGGGUACGUAGUUGUUAGAAUCGUCACAUAUUUUUGUGUUAAUUUUGUGAGCCGGAGUGGAAAUCGUAUGUCAUUCAUGAAUGAGGGUUUUGCAGAAACUGGGCCUUGCACUUUUCUGUCAAUUUUGAACAGAAACGAACU